AAAUACUGGUAAUAUUAGGGCUCCUUAAAUCCUCACCUCUUCCUUCGGAGCAGAAAGAACAUUCUCUCUCUUCUCCUCCCUCCCUCCCUCCCUCCCUCUCUCUCUAGAUUCUCCUCUUCGAAAUCAUGGCCAAGGGUCCCGGUCUCUACACCGAUAUCGGAAAGAAAGUUCGAGAUCUUCUCUACAAAGACUACCACAGCGACCACAAGCUCACCAUCACGACUUACUCGCCGACUGGAGUCGCUAUUACUUCAUCUGCAGUCAAGAAGGGCGACCUAUUUCUUGCUGAUGUCAAUACCCAGCUGAAGAACAAGAACAUCACUACUGAUAUCAAAGUGGACACCAGUUCCAAUCUCUUUACCACUAUCACGGUCGAUGAACCUUGCCCUGGGUUGAAGACAAUCUUAAGCUUCAAAGUUCCUGAUCAAAGGUCUGGCAAGUUGGAACUUCAAUACUUGCAUGAUUAUGCGGGGGUAAGCUCAAGCGUUGGGUUGACAGCAAACCCGAUAGUCAACUUCUCAGGUGUGGUGGGAACAAAUGUUGUUGCACUUGGGACUGAUGUCUCCUUUGACACAAAGGAGGGGAACUUCACCAAGUGCAAUGCUGGGUUGAGCUUCACCAAUGCAGACCUUAUUGCAGCAUUGACCCUGAAUGACAAGGGUGAGACUUUGAAUGCAUCUUACUACCAUUCGGUGAGGCCAUUGACUUCCACAGCUGUUGGGGGGGAGAUAUCUCACAGCUUCUCGACCAAUGAGAAUACCAUUACCGCUGGCACUCAGCAUUCAUUGGACCCUUUCACCACAGUGAAGGCACGAGUUAACAACUUUGGCAAGGUAAGUGCCCUCAUUCAGCAUGAGUGGCGACCAAAGUCACUUUUCACAAUUUCUGGAGAAGUAGAUACCAAGGCUAUUGACAAGACAGCCAAGUUUGGACUGGCCUUGGCUCUCAAACCCUAGGUGGGCUCUUCAGCUCAUUUGGUUUGUAGCAAUAAGGUGGGCACAAAGAACUAAGUGUAGUUGCCUGUUUAGACUUUCUUUUGCUGCUGUCAGGUUUUUCUCAUCUCCUUGCAGGUUUUGAUUGCAAACGUACUUUUUAGAUGGUUUCCUGAAAUUGUGUCGAUACUUAGUUGUGACAUUUCAUCCCUUGUUAACCUGGGAUGAGCACAUGAUAUUUGAAGAGCUUUUCUUCUUUCA